GUUUCAAACUUCCUUUAUAACCUCCUUUAGCUUAAGAAACACUGGAACUUCCUUUAUGAGAGAAAAGGAGAAAAUGCUGCCCCACAAUGCCUUGCAGCCGCAGCAUUUGUCAUCGCACAACAGUCGGCCGUUCACGGAAACAAACGAUUAUGACGGAGAAAUUAUAUCAUGAAAGUUACGGUGCUUAUUAAGCAUUUUAAAACGCCCGGGACUGGUCAUGACACAGCAGCAGUUCAAGGAGAGCCUGGAGGCGGCCCUCUCCUGGAUGCGGGUCGUCCAGGAGAGGCUGAAGGCCAACGACAACACCCAGGGCCCCCGAGACGCCCUGGAGGGCCGACUCAGGGAGACAGAGAAAAUCCACCACUCAGUGCACGAGGGCCGUCUGAAGAUGGACAAGGCGCUGGUGGCAGCUGAGAACCUUUUGAAGAGCGAAGAUGAAGAGCUGAGGAACCACAACCACGCUAAGCUCAAAGACCUGAAAAGCCUGUGGGAGGAGACCUCCACCUACAUCAUCCACUGUCACAGUCGUAUAGAGUGGGUGUGGCUGCACUGGGGCGAGUACCUGAAGGCCUACGAGGAGUUUGAGCUGUGGCUGACCAGGCAGCAGCGCAGCCUGGAUGUGGGUGUGGAGCUGCAGCUGGGGGUGAAGGAGAAGCUUUGGCAGGUGGACCAGCAGAGGGUGGGGCUGAGCGACAUCCAGGGCCAGGCGGCGCUGCUGGAGAGGCUGUUGGACGAGGCCUCCGCGCUCCACAACAGAACUCAGGACCCCAGCGUGGAUCCCCAGGCCCAGGAGGGGCUGCAGGAGGACUACAACGAUGUCAGAGACAGGGCGGAGGAGCGUCUGUCGCUACUUCAGAAGAUGGCUGAGGAGCACCAGACUUACCAAGGCUGCGUUCACAGGUUCCAGUCCUGGCUGCUGUCAAAAACCAAAGAGCUAACUGAUCUGAUGGAGAGGGAGGAGACAGCAGAGAACAAGCUCAAAGCCUUACAAGCUCUGGACGACAGCGUGGCAGGAGAGGAGAAGACCCUGCAGCACAUCGAGGGGCUGUCGGAGGCGCUGAGGGGCACCACCUCCCCCUCUGGGGCGGAGGUGGUGGUGGAGGAGGCGGAGGAGCUGAGGCUGGGCUGGCAGAGGCUGAGGCAGGGUCUGUGUGAGGGUGAGGAGGGGCUGCGCUCCAGCCUGGACUCCCAGAGUCAGUACACAGCCCGCUGCCAGAGACUGGGGGAGGACAUCGGACACCUCAGGGUGCUGCUGCAGGGCCUGGACCAGGAGCUAGGGGAGGGCCGAGACCCCCCUGACCACACCGAGGAGCAGAUGGUGGGCCAGUGGAGGAAAUACACGGGGGUGAGGAACACUCUGGCAGGGGAGGAGUCCCAGGUGGAACUACUGAAGGCUCAGCUCAAAGAGCUGUUCAGGUUCUCAGAGGACUCACGCCACCUUUCUCAUGAUGUCCUGGCUGUUGUCAAAGAACAUCAGAGUGUGAAGAGCAGAGCCACCAGGCUGUGUUCAGAGUCCGAGUCGGGGCUGAGGAACAUCCUGCAGGACCCUCUGCUGGUGUUCGCUCAGUGGAGCCACAUGGUGUUCCAGGUUCUGGAGAACUCUGCUGAGGUUACUGACUUCUCCAACAACGCCAUGAUGGUCCAGAACAUAGAGCGCCUGCUGCGGGACAGUGGUCAGCUGCAGGAGCGUCUCAGCCUGCUGCUGGUGAAGAGGGGGCUGCUGGACUCUGUGUUCGGUCCUGAGAGAGCUGACGGGCUGCAGGGAGAGCUCACUGCUGCCGUCAGGAACCGAGAGCUGCUGCACGCCCAGCUGCUGAGCAGGGAGAGCCGGCUGCAGGGCUUAAUCUCCAGAACCAAGGACUUUGGUGCCGCCUAUGAGUCACUCCGCUCCAAGCUGUCCGCUCUCCAGCUCCAGCUGGUGGCGGCCGAUAGCCUGCAGCCCGACAUCCUGGCUAAGAAGAGCCAGGCGGACCGCUUCAUGGUGAUCCAGAAGGACCUGGAGGACUGUGAGGCCCUGCUCACGGCGCUGGAGACUCUGGUGUCGUCCAGUCAAAGCAACAGGACCCAGUUUGAGAGGCUCUAUGCCGACUGGAAACAUCUGCACACAGCAGCACGGCUAAAGGUGUCAGAGAGUGAGGAGAGCAUCUCAGACCACGAGAGCUUCCACAACAGCCUGCUGAACAUGGAGAAGUGGCUGAUGAUCAUCAAGCAGAAGCUGGAGUCCUUCCACAGCCAAUCAGGAGAGUGGAGCAUCGAGGGCCGCCAGCACGAAGCUGAGAGAGCGCUGGGAGAGUUCCCGGAGAAGGAGCUCCAGCUGCAGCAAAUGGAGGUCCAGGGUCAGGGGGUCCUGGAGAGGACGUCAGAGGAGGGGCGGGUCCACAUCCUGCGGGACAUCAAGCGCCAAUGGGAGUCCUGGCUGGCCCUGCAACACAUGAGCCUCAAUCUACACAGGUUGCUUAACAGCUCCAGACAACAGACAGACUCUGCCUCUUGGAGUGUUGGGGGUCCGUCUGCAGACCCCUCCCUCACAUCACCGCUCAGAGUGGGGGGGGGAGCCAUGGCUAGCUUUGGGUCUGGAAGUGGAGUACACCUGGAGGGAGAGACAGGAGGGCGGGGGGGAGCAGUGGAGGGGGGGCUGAUCCAGAGCCAUGAAGGUGAAGGUCAUCUCAUCCUGUCUGCACAAGACAACACACUUCUCAAGUCACCCAGGACAGGAGAGGACAGAGGAGAGCUGGGGGACACCGUGGACUCUUCUGCCUGGAGCAUUUACAGCAGAGCAGGACAGAAAGGCUCCACAGACCCCCCCCCUGAUGGAAGCACCGGCAGUGAGAGAUCAGCAGAGGCUGCAGACAGAGGGGGGGCAGCUUUAACCAUAAAGGGAGGCGGAGGGCAGUACCAGUCCAGGAGGAGGGAGUUUGAGGCCUGGCUGUCCAAUCAGAAUGCUCUCCUCUCAGGACUCUCCAGCAGCAAGGCAGCGGCACUCAGCACCAAGGAGCUGAAGACCAGACAGGACACGCUCAGAGCUCUGAGAGCAGAACUGUCCUGGGGUCAGGAGCACUUCCAGCUGCUGCUGCAGGAGAGUCAGAGCGCUGCGGCUGGUCCUGGACCAGCUGAGGAUGUGGGUCUGGAGGAGCUGCGCUACCGCUGGAUGCUCUACAAGUCCAAAGUGAAGGAUGUGGGGGAGCUCAGGAGCAGAGCCAAGAGAGUCCAAGCCCAACAAGAGGAGCCGGCCGUCGCAGCAAAGGUGCAAAAGAGGGCGGGGCUGUGGCAGAGGGUCUGCCGGCUGGCCCUCCCCCUCUGGCUCCUUCUGCUGGCUCUGCUGCUGCUGGCCUUCCUGCUGCCCUUCAUGGACGAAGGCAGCAGCUGCUCCCUGACCAACAACUUUGCCCGCUCCUUCAAUGUCAUGCUGCGCUACAACGCACCACCCCCCACGUAGGAGAAGCCCCCAUAACUCACUAUAACGGACCGUGGUUUAUUAGGUGACGUUGACCCUCUCCCUGGAUUACAGAGAAACAAAGAGGACUAGAACAUCUCAAGGGCAAUCUAAGGCUUUGCAACAAAUCAUAUUCUCAUUUAAGAAAGUUAUAUUCAUUGCUUAACAUCAUUUUCCUGAUGCUUUACACAUUAUGGACAAAAGCUCUUAGAUAAUGGUGUAGAAAUGAUGUUCAUGUAAACUUUAAAUAACUUAGCUUUAAUAUUAACAAUAUAACCCAUCAUCGUGACACAAAGACUCUGCUUUGAGAUUUGGUAUACCCAGCAAUUGUUUACACCAUUUUCUUGUUCACUUCAUGCCAAAUUUACAAUUUUAUAAGAUUAGUUUUUUGGGCUUUUUGACUUAAUGGUUAGAAGACCUGCUGAGAGCCAGGAAAGGGGGGGGGGACAUCGGCAAAGGGCCACAGGUCGGUGAGGCCUUUGAACACAGAACGCCCCAGAGAGCUCAUUUUGAGCAAGAAACUAUUAUGGUUGUUAUAACAAUUGAUCUUUUUAGAAGAUCCAAACUAAAGACUGCAGCAACAGAAAUAGACAUGCUAAGCUUCGGCUAAUGCUAUGCUAAUGUUGUAGCAGUGCACGAUAACUAUUUUGCAAGGAACUACAAAGUGCAACCUUUUAUUUUGAAUGGUUGUUUUACAUGUUUUAGGACAUUGUGUGUUCCUAUUAUAACAACGUCCACCAGUACUGUCCCUGUGUGUUCAUACUGAGAGCUAAGGACUCAGCAUUAGCACAUGUGUGAGUUGUUAGCAUUUUUCACACUGUAGGCUAUUAUCAGUUUUUACAGCCUGGCAGCACAAUCUGCGAUCUCCAGUGCUGGGCAGUAAACCUAUACAGAAGUGCCAGAAACUGCAGCUCCAUGAUGACCACUCCACCCCCGUGUUUAAAGGCAGACUGUACUGCAGAAAUACACGUUUACAGCCACAUACCAAAAAACUGUUUUACAGUUCUUUUCAUAUUCAUCACAACUGUAUGCUAGGAACAUUUUCAUACAACUCAUGUAUUUUAAACUAUAUUAAGGCUUACAUUUAGGGGCGUGGCCACUUUGAGUGACAGGUAAGAGCGGUCCCAGUUUGCUAGCUGCUAGCUACAGCUCUGCUAUGCUACCUAGGUGCGCCUCAAUAUUAUCCACAAUGCUGGUUUUUAGAUGAGUGGAGAGUCAGAGGGCGGCGUCACUGCAACACGAGUGACAACCAGAGGAAAUCUUGAGCUUCACAACAGCUCUUCAGACACCUGUGGGUGACGCCACAGAGAAUCUGUCCGGCUUUAGGAAGGCAGCGCAGUCCACAUACAAAUGGCACAAUCAGAAAAAAGACAAUUCUUAUUCAGAUUCAGAUCCUUCAGUUGUUUUGAAAUAGUGGAACAGUGGUUUAUCUUGAUCAAUCAGUGUUGGACUCAUUCACUUUCACUUCAGUCCCAGUUGUACACAUGAAGAAUCAUUAUGAUAGUAUGGCCUAUUUUGUGUUUAGCCAAAUAUUGUUAUCUCUGUUUUAAUCCUGUCAGCUAUGAUGUCAUGUCAUCUGCUCACAUACAUGCAGGGAAACUGAGGUGGCCCUGAUCUAUAUGCUUUAGGUCUACUUUCAUGUCAGUAGGGUCGUAGCUCUUCUUCUUUGGUAUUUAUUUGAAGCUUCUUGUACCAGAAACUCCUGAGAGCAGUACUUUUCUUAUUUUCUGAAGCUGCUCCUUUGGCUCGAACAUGGUGAAAACAACCUGCCUGACACUCUGGCUGUGCUCCGGGUGCCAGCAGAACUAUAAAGCUUGGCAAUCAUCUUUUUAUGUGCAGACAUGAAAUAACUUAGAACUGUUUUUCUCCUCUCUUUACACUCCACACACAGCUCUAAGAAUACACCCACCCCCUCCACACACACCUUCCCUGUUUUGUCGGGCUUGUGGGUGUUAUUGAAUUAUCAUGCUGCCAUGGCAACAGUGACCAAAUCGGGUGUAUCUAUUCUUCUUAAGUCUCUGUUGUUGUUUUUACAUUAUAUCUGGAAUCGUGGACGAGGAAACACAUCAUCUUCUACCCUCAUGUUAAUCCUUGAUUUCCUUCUGCUCCACCAAAACACUCAAAACAGAGAGGUCCCUGAACUCAUCACACACAAAUACUGGUUCAUGCUGUGUUUACAUUAUCCGGGAAAUAAGUUUCCCUUUUAUUGGAUAUCCUUGAAAUGCAGCUGUAGGUUAUGUAACAGACAUGCUCACACUAGAGCUAUCCCUGUCAGAAACUUGCAUUUUAUCAACUGAAAUGAUUACAGAUGCUUUCUCACCUCUGAAUUAUUCUGUUCGGAUGUUUUACAUUUGACAGUCCUGAAGAAGACUUGAGUCAUGACCUCGGUCAGUUCAUGUUAGCCACCAAGAAGAGAACAAGGAAUAUUUAUAUAUCAGUACAAAAUAUUUGUUCUCAUCACACAGUAAAAAGUGAAUUUCAGCAUCACGUUAAAAGAUGUUUGCCACUGACACUGUUAAUCCUAUGGUUACUUUAUAUAUCUACCUGCUAGCUCAGGGUAGACUACAGGCUCAUCUUUAACUUAUAUUCAUGUGGGUACAUUACAAAGAAAUGAUUACAGUUAUUAGCACAAGUACAACAGUACAGAUAUAUUUGAUCUUCUUUUCCCCAGGUUUGGUAUUGUUCAUAGUUUUCUAAAUGUGUUUUCACAUGGUAUUUCAAACAGUUCCUACAUUUGCACGUAGCUGAAAAGCAUGUUUUCUUAGUCUGUGUUGAGGCCCACACUGUAAGAGGAGGGGGCCAUCAUUCUAAAAAAUCACUUCACGGUUAAAGAGUAUGUGAAUAUGCUACGUCCAGCACCACAUAUUAAAUAUUCAGUUACCUUGAAGCUUUAAGUUAAUCAGCCGUUCCAUAUUACAUUUGUAUUUUCUAUGUAGCUUUGUACUAUAAACGAUAUUAGCAAGUUUAAUAGAAGGUUUAAUGCGGCAUUAUAUUCUAUUGUACUGCUGCUUAUCCCCCCCGCAUCUAUGCAUGUCUCGCUUAAAAGCCUUUUGUGUAUUUGAACACUUUAUGCAACUUGAAUUGACUUGAAUCGGAGUGUGUGACAAACAAGAAUAGUGUGAGAACACUUAAUAUGCAAACAUUCUUAAUGCCGGCUCAGAUAGAGGUAUUGAUUAUGGAAAUAUACAAGUAGUGUUAGAGCUUUUGUAUUCAAAGAAUUAUAUUUUAUUCAUCUUUGAGAUGAAACGCGUCAUGUUAUUCAAAGAGCUUGUAUUCACCAAUGUUUUUGUAUUCUGUUGAAAUAAAAGUGCAGUUUGAAUAUUC